UGUAAAACAGGAACAAGUGCAAAGUUGAGGGAAGGCUUUAUUGUGGCGGACCAACAUGGCCGCGCUCGGCAGAGGAACAGCCUUCCUCCGUUUCUUACGGAGCAAUGCUCGCACAUUGUGCAGGAUCAGCAAACCCACAGGACACAAAGUAGGAAGAUGGACAAACAUUGUGUGCAUAGGCGGCACCUCUCUGGCUGUGGGUGGCGGCCUUCUGUGCGCCGUACCCUUCACUCAGGUUGAAAGUCGCUCUCAGGACUCUCUGAUCAGACGAACAGCCUCUCUGGUUACGGAUAGUUGCAGCACGUUCCUCUCUCAGACCACUUUAGCGCUCAUAGAUGCCAUUACGGAGUAUUCAAAGGCUGUGCACACGCUCAUAGCGCUCCAAAAGCACUACCUGGCCUCACUUGGUAAACUGAGCCAAACGGAGGAGGACUCCAUCUGGCAGGUGAUGAUUGGCCAGCGAGCAAAGGUCAACGACAGACAAGAGGAAUGCAAGCGUUUCGAGUCAUCCUGGGUCAGUGCUCUCAAGUUGUGUGAAACUGCAGCGGAGGCGGCGUACACUUCAGGGGCCGAGCACGCAUCCAUCACCAUGCAGAACAACAUCCAGGUGGCCCGAUCCCAAGUGGACGCGAUACAGAAAGUCUCAAAGGACGGUGAUAAGAAGUUGGCCGAGGCAAAGGUGCUGGAGGUGGAGGCCAUGAGUCGGCACACCGCCACGCUGGAGAAGAGCAACACUGAGGAAGACAUACCCGAGGCUUACCUCAGAGAAGACUAAAGCACACACGACCCACGAAACUCCUUGAAUUGAUUAAACGUGUCAACAGAAUUCUAUCUGCAGAUUGUUAGUCUGCCGAAUUAAUGCUAAGGAUGUCAAUUAAUAUAUCUGCUACAGAGGUUAUGUUAAGGGAGAAAGCAAUGCAUUUAGGUGCAAAUCUGGAUAAACGUGCAAAUCAACGGUCUUUUACAUUACACCAAGGACUGGAGGAAUCAGUUAAGUAGCAUACAAUCAAACAUACAAUCAAAUUGUGUUGACGUCCUGGCCUUGAAAAGCAGUGUUGUUUCACACAGGGCUGCAAUCUAUCUGUGAAACUGGGUUGCGGGGCGGUGAAUAGAUGACAUCAUUGUCUAACUUGCAUAAUUGGCCAUGGACACAUAAGGGAAAUUUCCAUUAGUGUGUUUCUUGGCGAGGACGAACAGGUAGUGUUGAGUAUAAACCUGAACUUUGUAUGUCAAUGCACUGAAUACCGGUACUUGUUUGCCUUAUGGAAGAAAAUACUAUUGAGGGUGCGGCUCAGUCUAGUGCGUAUUUACUGUGAUCAGAUUGUUGUAUUGGUUUUUUUCCAAAAACCUAAUAAAAGCAAAAGCACAUUGUU